AUGGCGGACACACUCACUAACAGAAACACGCCACAGUCCAGGCCAGACAGGAGUGCCAUGCUGGAUGGCAUGCUACAGUGCAUCGACGAACUCUUCACCCGAUUCUGGGAGAAGCUGGAGGAGCGUAUGAUGACAGCCAAUGGAGAGCGGAGGAGUAAACGGCUGCAAGCGG